AAUAUAAAUUGGAGUAAUCUGGGCAGAUGCCAGCUGUGCAUUUAUUUUUUAUUUACAAUCUUUUAUAUUGAUUUAAUCAAGUGUAAUGUACAUAAACAUUUUAUCAGCCAAGACACAAUAUAAUCUGUCUUAAAAGCGAUUCAAGUAGGCAUACCGAAUUUUAUAGCAACCGCAUCAUUAGCCAUGCCUGAAGUAAUGGUUUAAAUAUAGUAACAUUUAAGACUCGGCGGUGUGUGAUACAUAACAUUUGGAUACAAUUUUGUAAAUAAAUUAUUUAAUGAUUAAUAUUGUGAUAACGUGUUAAAAUACGGGGAGUUGGAUCUGUUUACAUUUUUUCCUCGAUCGAUUUAGUGUUGCUGAUUCAUCAGAUCAUUCUUUCGUUGUUUAUUGUGAACGUUUAAUUUGUGCUGGAUUUUUAUCUUGAUAUACUGAAAGGAAAAGGUAUGUUCAAUGCAACAAUGGACCAGGUCACAGACAAUAUGAGUACUUUGGGUGUAAAAGAAGACGUGACGGACGCUAGUGUCGAUACCGGCGGCACGUGCAGUGUUUCACAGGGAAAGGAAAACGUCAAUGUUGACGCCGGUGUUGCUGUAAUUGGUGAGCAUGAAGUGGCGCGAGAAGAACAGAUGACACAACAUGAUGCUGAACCACUGGAUAUAGAAGGGAGUAUAGAUGUAUUAGAAGCACGUGGGGAUCAGGGGGCUGCAUCUACUGACGCAAGAGUGCUAGGUUGUCUCGGAGCCACCGAUUCUGGUCAGAAAGUAUCUUCUGUACCGACGGUAAGUCAGACACUUGAUGCGUAUGAUAUGAACCAUAAAUACCGAGGUCACGCCUUGCUGAUCAACAACGAGAAGUUCCAUAUCAAACUUAGGCAACAGGGUCUUGGAAACAGAGAUGGCUCCAGUGUAGACGAAAGGAGCAUGAAGAAAAAACUUAAUGAUCUAGGCUUCUCAGUCACAGGAUACCCAGAUCUCACAGCCAAUCAGAUGAAAAGCGUGUGCUCCAAAAUGGCGGCCAAGGAUCACAGCGAGUGCGACUGUUUUGUCUGCGUCAUUCUUAGUCAUGGAGAAGAAGGUGUUGUUUAUGGAACAGACAAAAUUGUAGACAUUAAAGAACUUACACAAAAAUUUAAGGGAGAUGUAUGUCCGUCUCUCGUUGGCAAACCCAAAAUAUUUAUCAUUCAAGCGUGUCGUGGGUACCAGACGGAUCCUGGAGUUAAUGUCAAUGUCGCGGAUGCGAAGGGAAAAGCAGAAGCGGAACCAGCGAUGGUGAGACUUCCGGUAGAGGCCGAUUUCCUGUUUGCAUAUUCCACUGUUCCUGGUUACUACUCGUGGAGAAAUGGUAUGAAUGGUUCCUGGUUCAUUCAAGCAUUAGCUAAAGCACUAGAAGACUUUGGAAAAACAAUGGAACUCAGAAAGUUAUUGACACUUGUGAAUAAAAAAGUAGCUCAGAACUUCCAGUCAUUCAAUCCCGAAAAUAAAGACUUCCACAAAAUGAAACAGAUUCCUUGCAUAACAUCAAUGCUUACAAAGGAUGUUUACUUCUCAACAACAAAAAGAAAAAAAGUAAUGUAGAAUAAUAAUAACUUAAAGAGUUAUAUGUGUCUGGAUAUAUGUACAAUAGUUGUAUAAGAUUGUAAUUCUUUCCUUUACAAAAUAACUCUAGCUGAAAUCUGUAUUUUUGUCAAUGAUGAUAACAACGUGUAAUUUUAAUUCGCAUUCUUUUAUUAAAAAUUAGGAAACAGGACCGACGUUGACAGCUACUGUAUAUCUUACAUUUCUAAAGACAUAUUUUGCGUGCUCUUCUUUUUAUGUUCUCCUUCGAAAUGUCCGUCGACAUGCAGUUUAGUUUCGGACUUAUAACUGAAGAACGCUGAUCAAUUGAUGAACCGUUUUGUAUUGGGGGCAGUAAGUGCAAUCAAUACUGGAGAAUGCUUUGGCUAAGGACUGUCAUAUUUUCAACUCUGUCUAAUAUUUCUGUGUACACUAGGCAUAUUCUGCUAGAGAAAUUUUCCAUUACGCUUACAUUUUCUGACAUGUACAUAAAAAUGAGGAUGAAUGUACAAACAAGACAUUUUACAUAAUGUGCACAUAUAUAUGUAAACUUUAUAUGUAUUUUUUGACGCUUUUUAUCGCUUUAUUGAAAAGAGAGCAUCUCAUGCUUAUUGCCCAACAUUGCAGAAAUUUGUAUUGGAUAAUCCCAUGCUCGUACAGCCGCAGUGAAUAAAAACAAAGAUCAGAAUUAAAAA